AUGACAACCCCGUCGCCCGCGACUCGAACGUCGCGAUAUCCGCGCGCCAAUCCGCCCACCCCGAGCCCUGCCAGCUCGUCGGUGGCAGACUUCCUCAGCCCCGACCGCAACUCCGAGACCAACCAUAAAGAUGCCCUUGCCGCCGCCGCCGCAGAACAUGACAGAAUUCGCGCAAAAGCGAUUCACACCCUCUACGUCCACGAGCAGAACUUGCAGAGGGAGCUGUUGCUCGAGCAAGCACGACAACAGCGGGAACGAGCCAGGGUCGAAGAAGCGAAUGCUCUAGCAGCACAAGAGAAGAUCAAGGCCGAGGAAGAGCGUUUGCGCGCUGAGAAGGCCGCGCGCGAGGAGCAGGAACGGCUUCGAGAGAUUGCGGCCAAGAAGAUACCACAGCUGCCCCCUCUGCCUACACCCAAACCUGAGCAGCAGCCUACCGCUCUUCAAUCUCAACCUCAAGCCCCUCCGGCUCCGGCAGCGAAAGCGAAUCCAGAACCGCCCGCCCAGCCUAGACCUCAACCUUUCUCACAACCAAAGCCCCCAACCGCUGCGGCCGUCAAUGGCAGUGCGACACUCAAACCACCUGUUUCCAAUGCUCCCGCCGCCCCGACUCCCAGUGCCCCAUCUGCGCCCGUGCCUCACGAUGCAAAGCGGCAGCGCGCCGUCGAAAUUCACAAAAGUCUCAAGCAACUCCGUGCAGCCAUCGCGUCGCAGUCGUUACAGAACAAGCCCUUGAAAUCCAGGGCUGGAGACCUUCGUAGAGAACUUCGGAAGGUCAUUGGCCAAUUGUCUCUCGACAAGGAUGGCAAUAGAGUGGUCAUGCAAAAGGUCACCAAGAUCCUGAAAGAGGCGUUGGCAAACGAAGUCGGCAGCCAGAUGGUCGAUCCCAGCCUCGUAGUGUUUACGCCUCGACAGCCUGUUGAGGGUGCUAUGCACAAUGCUGAGCUGCCAUCGCUGUUCUUGUUCCUCCUCAACCACCUCGCCAAAGCAAUCAUCAACCAGUUCAUCAACGAAGCUGCGUCGAAUACAAAGACCGCCGAUCCAGUGGGGGUUUGCGCCGCCGCCGUCUUCUCAGAUCCAACCUUUCAAUGGCGAGGGCAACCGCUCAUUGACAUACUCAUUGCAAAGUUCCAUGUCAUCUGUCCAGUGCUAUUUGGCGCUAGAGGGUCUGAGAAGACAGACCAGGGUAGAGAUCUUGUGGGAUGGAAGCGCAGGGGGACCGCCUGGGUCCCUGAAGCCGAGCACAUGGACAGGAUGACGGGGCUUGCCGCGGGUUAUGCAGCAAUUGCCCUGAGAGAUUUCUCCAAAGCGAAGAAAGAGAAUCCGUACCCCAUGCCGCACUAUUGGGAGUCGAUGGCCAAGAUAGUCAACACGCCGCCCCAACAGAUGUCAGUCACGCAGUGCGUUGUUUUGAGGUCCAUGAUUGAUCAUCAUGAGGCAAGGUUCCUGCAGUUUUACGGCUCGGCAGCUAUCGCAGCACUGAGACUGGCACUUGUGGACUUCCCGGCGGCGGCAGCGAAGGCAGGUUUGAAGGAUAACGCGGUUCAGUCUCUUGCAGUGCACGGAGAGCUGCUGAAGACCAGAGUUGGGUUGAGCCUGGCAUGA